UAUUAUGCUCUGCGACAGUUGCGCAUCGAGAAAUUCUUUGUCUAUUGGGGACAGGAUAUUUUCCCGAAUGUAACACCUCUGGAAUGUGGUCGUAUGUAUCGGGUUGAUUUCAGUAAAGACUUUAUUGGUCGAGAAGCUUUACUGGAACAGAAAAAGGCUGGUAUCCAUAAACGAUUUGUACAGUUGUUGGUUCAGAAUCACGAUUUGGACAGCGAUCCAUGGCCACAAGGUGGUGAGCUAAUUUAUCGCUAUGGUGCACCAGUUGGACGGACCACUUCGGCUGCUUAUGGUUAUACUCUUGGAUGUCAGGUAUAG